AUGUCAAAGCGGGUGAAUUACUAUGACGUUCUAGGGGUUCCUCAAGAUGCCGACUUAAGCAUAAUAAAGAAAUCGUAUAGGACCUUGGCCAUGAAGUGGCACCCUGACAAGAACCCAAAUAAUAAGGCCGAGGCGACGGAGAAGUUCAAGCAGAUUUCGGAAGCCUACGAAGUUUUGUCUGACCCCAAGAGAAGGAGAAAAUAUGACCUAUACGGAACGGAUGAGAAUUACAUGCCAGACGAGAAUGACGAGUUUUCUAACUUCCACAAGAAUUUCGGUUUCAAUGAUGCUCAGAGGAUAUUUGAAAUGUUCUUUGGAGAUUCCACUCCCUUUGGAAAUGAUUCCUUUUUUAGUGAAGUCAUGGGUUCCUCCUUUGGCGACACUCGAAGAGGAAGAAUGGCAAGGUCCAAUGACCCCUUCGAUAAUUUCUUCGGAUCAUCCUUUAACAUCUCCUUUGGCUCAUCCAACUUUGAUAACUUCAUGGAUGGAGGCUCCACCUUCACGUCCGUAGAAACCUCAACGUCAAACGGAGGCAAAUUUAAAAACCGAUUUGUAAAAACGUCCACGUCCAAGACGACCUCUAUUGUUAACGGAAAACGAGUCACAAGAAUCGAGACAGUGAAGACGUUGCCCAACGGAACCGUUGAGAGGACGGUGACCGAGCGUGAAGAAGACGGCAGAGGGAACGUGAACGUCAGACAGCUACCAGCGCACGAAAUGAGACGAAACAAAAGAUGA